AUGGUAGUCAGUGCAUUGACCAUCCAAGCAUCUCUCUGGAUUGGCAGCGUAUCUGGCUCUGAUGCUGUGAGGCUGGUGUAUGGAGGCGAUCCCUGUGUUGGGAGAGUGGAGGUUUAUCACGAUGGACAGUGGGGGACAGUGUGUGAUGAUGCGUGGGAUACAGUGGAUGCUGGAGUUGUGUGUAGUCAGCUGGGCUGUGGGUCUGCUCAGUCAGCACCAGGCAGUGCUUACUUUGGACAAGGUUCUGGACCCAUCUGGCUGGAUUCUGUUUCCUGCAGUGGCUCCGAGUCUGCUGUGUGGGACUGUGCAUCAAGGGGAUGGGGGGUGCACAGCUGCAGUCACAGUGAGGAUGCUGGAGUGAUCUGUUCAGGCUCUGAUGCUGUGAGGCUGGAAGGUGGAGGCACUCCCUGUGUUGGGAGAGUGGAGGUUUAUCGACAGGGACAGUGGGGGGCAGUGUGUGAUAAUGGCUGGGAUACAGUGGAUGCUGGAGUUGUGUGUAAGCAGCUGGGCUGUGGAUAUGGAAAGUAUUCAUCACACACUUCUAGUUCUGGAUUGGCAUACAGAUUGGAUUCUGUUUCUUGCAGUGGCUCAGAGUCAGCCCUGUGGGACUGUGCAUCAGCUGGGUGGAGUCUGUACAGCUGCAGUUACCAAGCUUAUGUGCAGUGUUCAGGUUUUGAUGCUGUGAGGCUGGUGGGUGGAGGCAGUCCCUGUGCUGGGAGAGUGGAGGUUUAUCAACAGGGACAGUGGGGGACAGUGUAUGAUCAUGGAUGGGAUCUAUCAGAUGCUGGAGUUGUGUGUAGUCAGCUGGGCUGUGGAUCUGCUCAGUCUGCACUGCUCAAUGCUUACUUUGGACAAGGUUCUGGACCCAUCUGGCUGUAUAGUGUUUCCUGCAGUGGCUCAGAGUCUGCAAUGUGGGACUGCUCAUCAUCUUUAUGGGAUGGGAACAGCAUCUCUCACGCUGAUGAUGCUGGAGUGAUCUGUUCAGGCUCUGAUGCUGUGAGGCUGGAAGAUGGACGCAGUCCCUGUGCUGGGAGAGUGGAGGUUUAUCAACAGGGACAGUGGGGGGCAGUUUGUGAUAAUGGCUGG